GAAGAGGACUAGGAAAUAACCUAACCCUUUAUUGUGCAUAUAAUUCCCUGAAUUCUGUUUGUAUUUCUCCGUUUAUAUAUCGAUAUCUUCUUCAUAGCCAAUUGCCGUUUUUUAUAUUUUAUGUUUUAAUUUACAUUUACUUUCUCUUUUGUGGUUUGAUUAGUUGGCUCUUGCAGGUUUUGAAAAGGAAGAUCCAAAUGGGAAAAUCUUCUUCUUCUACUAAGAGAAAACGCUCCAAAUAUUCCUCUCAGGUUCGUACAAAGAAGAGAAGUAAGAUUAAAAGUUGCAGACCAAAGAAGCUUAGGCGCCAUGAUGAUUCAGUUUCUUAUUCUAGUGAUGAUUCAAGAAGUUCAGUUUCUGUUUCCUUCAGCUCUGAGGAUAGUUAUAAGCAUAGAAAGUCUCGAUCUCGAACCCAUAAUGUAAAGGGGUCUAGAAGGAGGGUUCGUUCACACUCUUCUAGCAGUGAGGAGUCUGGUUAUUUGAAAAAGCAUCAAAGGCCAAGGAGGAAAAAUGAUUCUGAGGUGAGGAAGAAAACAUACAGGAGCAAAAAGAAGAAGGCUCGAGAGGCAAGUAGUAGUUCUAGGAGUUGUUCAACUUGUUGGAGUUCGAGUAGUGGAAGUGAGGAGAGUGACAAUGAGAGCAGUAGGGGUAGGCCUGAAAGAAGAGAAAAGAAUACAAGAAAAGUGAAGAAUGUCAAAGGUGGAGCUACAAGGAGGAGGUAUAGGUCAAGGAGUUGUUCUUCAUGUAGUGGACAUGACUGGAGUAAGGAGAAAGUGACUGAUGGAAACGUUUCGAAUCGACUGAAAUCAAUCAUUACCCUUCCAAAUGAGGAUGAGGAGGGAAGAGAGUUGAAUCGGGAUGAAUGUAAAGAGGAGAUGAUAUGUGAUCAUGACGAUUAUCCAUCUAGCAGAAGCAAUGAUAGUAAUGAUGGAGGAAAUAAGAGUGUGUCAGCUUAUGAGCCAUGUGUUGAAUCUGAAAAGAAAAGGUCCAUAGAGAUCGAGAAGAAAGAAGAUGCUUCUUCUUUUAACAUAAAAACCACUAAACUCCCAAGCAGUUACAAGAAUGGGGAUGACCACCAUUUAGGAAGUAGAUUUGCUUCUGAUAGCGUUGGGAAAAAUGAUGCUUUAGAGGAAAAGACUAGUAAUACUUCUGAGGUGGUUGGUAGUGCAAAUGCUAAUGACUUAGAGUCAAUUUUAAGAGAAAAGGCUUUGGAAAAUCUGAGAAGGUUCCGUGGAGAGAUCCAGACAAAUAUGAAGAGCACUGUUAGUCAGAAAGAUGAGAAUGAUGUUACUCUGAAAUCACUAUCCACUAUGAAGGGUGAAGUAAACGAAAUUGCUUCCCUUGAGGAUGAUGGUACUCGAGGAUCUAAAGGAGAUUCUGCUCAUCCAGUGCAAAAAGAAGAGAAUAUUUUUGACACAGAGAAUGGUGGCAAUGAUUCUGUUUCUGCUAUGGACAAUGCUUAUAUACCCAACCAGAUGGCUGUUGCUGGCAGGGAAAAGGCCAACAUGAACUUGAGCCCUGUUAUUAACAAACCAACAUUGGUUACAUCAGCAUUGAAGCAAGCAUUAUCAAAUGCUACCUCCACUGCAAUGGAAUUGCCUGCUUCAAAGGAAUCAGAUAAGGCAAAACUGGUAAUUGGCAGUAGCAAAGGUAAGCAUAAUGCGACUUCUUUAAAAGGCAAUGGCAAAAAUGGAAAAGUUAACGAUGCCUCUGCUUUUGCUUCUGCCAAGUCUUCAUCUUGCGUUCCAUCCUCAGGAGUUGAUGUUGGGUUGAAUAAAUUGCAAGAUGGCUUACAGUUGGAACAGAAGGCAGUAUCUUCUGCGGCACCUCUGAGCAGCACUGGUAAUGAUACCACAUUUAUUAGUACCUCUGGUUCUACUUCUGGUAAGCCUUCUUCUGAUCUCACAUCUGCAGCAAGAGAUAUAAGUUCAAGUACAGCGCAAGAUGAUGACAAGGAAGGUUCACAGUUGGAGCGGAAGACAAUGUCUGUGAUGCGUGGUGGGGAAAUGGUGCAGGUGAGCUACAAGGUCUACAUCCCUAAAAAAGCUCCAGCUUUGGCUAGGAGGCAACUCAAGAGAUGAUGUUUUUGUUGGAAAUUCACCAAACUUAGAAUGCUAGGCAUUUAUUCAGAUGACCCUUUUGUUUUCCUCUACAAAAGAAUGGUGCAUCCUCUAAUAGACAAAAGGAUAUGAACUUCUACAGGAGUAAUUUAUCAUUUUCUAUUAUAAAACAGCUGUAGUAGUUAGAAGGUAAAAUGACUUGAGGUUUCCUUUUUGUGUCAAAGGAUUAUUGUAACUUUAUGAAGUCGUGUACUUUGCACAGGAGACUGCACCAUUGCUAUAAAUAAAUGAAUUAGAUAUUGUGUUAA